AUGGAUAUUGUGAUCGGUGGUACCGAUACAAGUUCAACCACGGUGGAAUGGGCCAUGGCAGAAAUGAUGCUACAUCCCCAAGUGAUGAAGAAAGCCCAAGAAGAAAUGACAAAUGUGGUGGGAAUCAAUAACUUAGUUGAAGAAUUCCACAUUCAAGAAUUACCAUAUUUACACUCAAUAGUGAAGGAGACGUUAAGAUUGCACCCAGUGGCUCCAUUACUCCUACCCCGUUGCCCAACUGAGUCCUGCAACGUAGGUGGCUACACUAUCCCAAAGGGCACUAAGGUUUUCUUGAACGUCUGGGCUAUGCAUAAAGACCCUGAAUUUUGGGACCAUCCCUCAGAGUUCCAACCAGAGAGGUUCUUUGGUGAGGGUAGUAGGUUGGAUUAUUUGGGAAACCAUUUACAGUAUCUUCCAUUUGGGUCCGGUAGGAGGAUUUGUGCAGGGCUUCCUCUAGGUGAAAGGAUGGUAAUGUACUUAUUGGCCACAUUCUUGCAUAUGUUCAACUAGAAAUUGCCCGAUGGUGCAAAUCCUGAUACGUCAGAGAAGCUUGGGAUUGUCUUGGAGAAAUCUACUCCACUAGUUAUUAUUCCAACCCCUAGACUGUU